GUGCUGCAGUGUUUACUGCGUUGAUUCAUUUCAUUUACUCGGUUGACAUCAAGGGUUUCUGCCAUAACGAGUCGCACGACUGUCCUUGCGGUUCCACCGGGACAACAGUGAACGUUAAAGUAGACGGAUUGCAGGUGCCAGAACGGAGGAGUCUGCGACAAGGACACCGGCAAUUGCCGGUGUCUCCCAGGAUUCUCUGGUACACUUUGCGAAAUCAGAGAUGGCUGCCCCCCUCCAGCUCAUCCGCAAGGUGUCUUAGCUACCAUGGCGCCUCCAAACCUACCAAAGAUUAUCCACUACAACUGCCCAACUGGCUUCAAGAGGAUCGGUGCUGGCACCAUCAACUGCCAGAACGAUGGCUCCUGGAAUGGAGUGCCACCCUAUUGUGAGAGGCAGGUGCCGUGCCCUCCGUUACCCGACGUGGCUCGGAGCGUCGUGCAGGUGCAUGGCGCCGCGACGAGCGUGCGGGAGAUCCAGUACAACGGCACCACCGUGACCUACUCAUGCGCCGACGGAUACGAAGCCGUUGGCGCAAAGUCUCUGGAGUGCACCCACGAGGGCGUCUGGACGGCGUCGCCGCCAUCCUGCCUCAAAGUUGCCGAAACAGAAGUGACGUGCUCAACAAAAGCCAACGAGAUCUUAUCUGAUGACAGCGACACGGCGGUGAGGGUGCACUGUCCUCCCGGCUGCGGCUUGGUGUCCGGCUCGGUGAUCGGCUCCUAUCAAUACCACGUUCUCUCCUCGAUCUGCCGCGCGGCCGUGCACGCUGGCCGAGUGAACAACGCCGGCGGCGCGGUGCAUGUGCGAGCGGCGGGCGCUUACGCCGACUUCGUCGCCUCUACGGCCCACGGUGUCUCCUCAGCCAACUUCUCCUCUCUUGGAGCCAGUUUCAGAUUCGUCACUGUGGACGACUCGCAAUGGAGGAUUCCUGAUGAAGGCUGUCCUCCCAAGUGGACAGAUUCCGGCAGCUUCUGUUUUUACUCCGCCGGAAAAAGCCGUCCUCAGGCACCGGCGAGGAAUUUUUGCCGAAAUCUGGGAAGCCAACCUAUAGCUCUUCGCGGAGACAACGCUACGAAGGCCCUUGUUGCCGAAUUUCUGGCCGCUAAUGGAAUCGUAGAAACAUGGCUUUCAGAGCUGCAAGUCCAGUCGCCGUUCCUCCUGAACCCGGAAAACAGCGGCACGCCUGGGGACACCUGCGUGGCUCUUAGCGUCGCCAACCCCAGCCAGCCCGAAGUCAUAACAAGGCCGUGCGGUCUUGCUCUUCCAGUCACUUGCUUUGCGCUCAAGACCUUAAAACUAGUCCAGUGCGAGGACCCAGGCCCAGUCAAGGGUGGUUCGGCGCUGGUGGAGAAGACAGCGCACGGCCGCUUCCUGGAGGGAAGCCGGAUAUCCUACUACUGCAAGGAGCUGCACUACCUCAGUGGAGAGGGAAGGCUCACGUGCACCGCCAACGGCACCUGGAGUGCCCAGAAGCCUCGCUGCAUUCCCGUGGUCACCUGCGGAGAGCCCGAAGUUCCAAGUCACGGGACCAUCCGCGUGCUUCCCCCUAUACGUGGUGGUGAUCCCAGGCGCGGACCAGUGCGCGGGCAUGCGCGGGCGUCCGUGCCUAUACGUCUGCAGCGUCCGCUCAGCCUAAGCUCCACGGCGUACGAUGGCAACGAUACGAGGGCGGCUGAGGAGGCGAACGUGGUGCUGCCGCCGGGACAUCACCGCGUCGGCUCCCGCGCCGAGUACGCCUGCCUGCCGCAGUACGAGAUGGCUGGCUCCACGGUGCGGCGGUGCCUGUCGUCAGGACAAUGGAGUGGUUUGCCGGCCACUUGUAUUCCCGUAUGCGGCCGGUCGGACUCCCCACGCAGUCCGCUCAUCUACAACGGAAACGCAUCGGAUGUGGGCCAGUGGCCGUGGCAAGCGGCACUAAGCGUGCGCAACCCUACGUCCAACGACAGUGCUGCCGAGUGGGUGCUCAACUGCGGCGGCAGCCUGCUAUCGGAGACCUGGGUGGUGACCGCGGCCCACUGCGUCACGUAUGAGGCGUCGCGCGUCGUCAUACCGCGCGAGAUCCUGCGCGUCGCGCUGGGCAAGCACUUCCGCAGCGAUAGCAAAGACGACGCCAACGUCCAAGUGCGCCAGGUUGCUGAGAUCCACGUGAACUUUGACUACGAUCCCACCACAUACGACAACGACAUCGCCCUGGUGCAACUGGACGAGGCCGUGGAGCUGACGCCUCGCGUGAGGCCCGUCUGCCUGCCCACGGACCGAUCGGCCAGGGUGCAUCUGCAGGAAGGAAAACUGGGAGUGGCGACCGGCUGGGGCCUGACGGAGACCGGUGAGUACGCGGACGUGCUGAGCGAGGCCGUGCUGCCCGUGGUCGCGAACGAAAAGUGCCAAGAGGCGUACGAGCGCGCGGGCGUGCCGCUCACAGUGUCCGAGGCCAUGUUCUGCGCGGGUCACGCUAACGCCACGUCGGAUGCGUGUAGCGGCGACUCGGGCGGUCCCAUGGUGUUCCUCGACGACGCGGUCACGACCGAACGGCGGUGGAUCCUCGAGGGCGUCGUCAGCUGGGGGAGCCCGUCCGGGUGCGCCGUGGCCAACCAGUACGGCGGAUUCACGAGGGUCUUCGCCUUUCUUCCCUGGAUCAAGCAGUUCGUCUGAGCGCGACAGCCUCGUUUCUGUGGGCCCGAACGAACAACUCGUCGGAGAUGCUGCGUGGGCCGGCUGUGACUGAGCACGGAAGUCGAUCCCGUUCGCUGUACACCAAAUGGAUGGCCGCCCACUGGCUCCGGACUGACAAGAGACCGAUUUGCUUUUUACCUUCGACGCCCGGUUGACGAAGGGACUCCUUUUUAUUUGUUUUCCUUCUUUUACACUUCGGCAUUCGCGCGCGGAAGCGUCGGACCUCAGCUUACUUGCAGUAGCGCAUUUUAACCAAAGUCCAUUGUUAUUCGUACAAUCGUACGAUGUCUGCCCACCUCUCGAGUUCUGCUCAAAACAGAGAUGUGAAAACGGUGCCUCUUACCUGAGGAAACAACAAAGGGUGGCUGAUUUUCAGGCGUCGAAAUAUAGCAAAGGCUGCGUGGGCUUGCGGGUAGGCACUUUCCUCAUAAGGCAGAAAAACACUACACUACAAAAACGAACAAACCCUGGCGCUUGUGUUCGUGUGAUCAUUCGUCUUUUGGUCUGCCGUGUUGCGCCGUUCUAAAUCCAUGCACCUGUACCUUUAGGCUGCAUAUUUGUUUUACUGCUAUGCAACGAGUUUUCUGCCACCUCGCGCCUAAAAUUUUAUAGCAUUCGCGCAACGUUUUUAUAAAAAGCAAUCGCUAAUGUGCUCGCUGAAAAAUGAAGCUGUUAAUGAUCGCAGCAUUGUUCCACUCGAUUUGCAGGGAAAUUGAGAAUUUUACUCGUACACUGCUGAUGACUUUCAUUUGCCAUUCGAGCCAUUUCUAUACCAUUUCUACGCCAUAGAGCUAUUUCUAUACCAUCUAUAUACCAUUUCUUGUCUUGCUUCUCACCUAAGUCACUUUUAUAAGCUAAGUCAUUUUAAACCAAACAGGCGUCUUUUCAAUAAAAUAUGAAGGAAACGAAGUCACGUCAAUUCCAUACGGGCAUACAAGUGUCAGUAAUAGUUUUAUUCGCGUGCUGUCCCAUUUUUUUUAGAUAUAUGAAGUAUGAUACAAAGUUUGCCUGGCGAUGCAAUACCUUCCGUUAAAAAAAAAAAAACGCCUUUCCUCAGCAGUGCGCGCUGAAGUCCGCAUACGAAAGUCUGAACACACCAAAUGUGCCCGAUGCAGCCCAGCUAGGCUGAUGCUAAAUCGUAGUGCAACAGUCUUACGUCAAAACGUUGUUAAGUUUCUUCAAUAUCGCAUUUUGCAAUAAAUUGCCAUGUGAA